GUUCCGCCGCGUCCUGCCCUGCCCUGCCCCGCCGCCCGUCCACGCGUGAGCGUGCGCUGCCAGCCCCGCUCUUGCGACACCGCGUUCCCUCCGGUUCGGUGAGUCCGGCUGCGGUGCCUGCAGCGAAACCGGGCUAUUACGGAUGAGUAAUGCUUCGCGCUGUUCGCGUGCAGCGGCAGAACACAAGCGGCUCCCUGGCAGCUUCUGACUGAGGUUACGCGAACACGCUCACGUACGUUAUGAGGGCUGUGGGAAGCCGGGCUCUGGGCCGUGGUGGAGCUUCCCAGGCCGUGUAUCGCAUCCUCUGUCAGAAAAGGGGCGCAUUCUGGAGCUGCAGAGAGUGGCACUUUGUCAGGAUUUGAAUGAAUGCUCUGCAGAAUGGGAGCAGCGCUUCUUGGUGCAGUAAGAAGUACAAAAGUGCACUGGCUUGUUUCCCACAUCAUUUAUAGAGCCUGGAUCAAUUGCAAUAAAGUGAUAUUAUUUAUUAUCAUGACAUUAUGCCAUCUAGCAGGUUACUCGGGAACUGCAACUCACUGCAGGACCCGGUGCCGCGUUAGCCACAGCAUUGUCAUUUGCUUCCAUCCCAGACGCAGCCCUGCACCGGGGGCAGCUCUGUGAGCACGGUUCCAAAGCACUGUACGGGGACACCCUGUAUCUGCUUCCAGAGGCACUGCUGGAUGUGUGCCUGCAGUGCAGGGCAUUUCCUGCCUUGCGUGGUCCUGGUGUAGCACCUUGCAGCAUUAGAGAAUCUGUGUCUAGCUGUGAGCAGUGCAUGCUUGUUUGCAUGGGAGAGCUGCAAUCUCAGGGCUGUAAGCGGCUGGACGCUGCCACACGCAUGAGCACAGCAGGAGUUCUCCUGCAAACACAGCACAUCAGAGGGCACAGGGUGACAUGUGACACUGUGCUUGGCACAUCCGUUCUGCAUUGCCUGCUUGGGCUGGGGUUUUGGUUGCUGCUGGCGCUUGGCCGAGAGCAGCCCGAGCACAGCUGCCCAUGGCCCAGCUGCAGGCACAGCUACGGGAUGGUGCCUUGUGGUUAAAGGCCGCCUGGGGAUGGAAAGUGUCUCCGCUCAGUUCCCCAUCAGACUUCCUCUCCACCUGCUGUGCCACACCACUGCAGCCCCCCUUGCUCCAUUAAUGCUCCCGAUGGCAGUCUCUUUCUGCUUCAUUGCCCAGCCUGGAGGUGAUGCUGCGAGGACAGCAGCACAGCGCUCUGCAGGCCUUGCACAGCCCUGUUGCCCAUGGGGAGAAGAGCAGCCUGUUUCCUACUAACGUCACACACCAGAAGCUACCGAGCAUCACCUGCUUCUGUGCACCUGCCCGGGGAGCUUUUCGGCGGCGUGGGAAAGUCUGUGAGAUACAAUCUCUCCCGAGCAACCCGGCCUUCCCUGCACGCAGUGCUGCGCAUGGCUCUUGGCAGCUCUCCCCCUUCCUUCCCUGCUCCACCUCCUCCUCCUUGCUGUUGCCGGACCACGUUCCUGAUGUUGGUGCCCUACAGGUGGAGCUGGGGCAGGGGUCCGCAUGGCUUUGGGGAAAGCAGUGGGAAAUGUGCUUCUGCCAGGGCAGGGCACCUGUGGGAAAAGUGGAGGCAGUGAGACCACACUCAUGGGGAUGUAUUGAGCUAUGAGCACACCUUGGGUAGCAGUGCCUCUCCUCUUGCUGCAGCAGCAGACAGACAGAAUGAAGCAUUUCAAACCGUCAGUUUGUUAUUUUUCCAAAACAAAGUGGUUCAGAGGAUCUGUAACUGUGGUAAACUGAAGUUUCAGCCCUUUGUUCCAAAACAGGACAAAGGAAGUAUCAGGAUUUCUCAUUAAAUGGAAAGACAGAGUGGGUCCCAGGCCCAGGGGCAGGAUGAGUGCUGCAUCCCCUGUGCCAACACUGCUCCUACUGCCCUUGUCUAUCUGCUGGGUGCUCAGGUAGCCUGAGGUGUGCCAGCCGGGCAGGGGACACCAUGAGGCAUGCUCUGCUUUCAAGGAAAAGGCCAUUAAUGCCUUUAACUGACACCUCCUGCAAACCUGCGUGGAUGCUGAAGAGCAGCAUCACCCAUCAUGGUGGACCGAAUCUUGGAAGGAGCAAUGCCAGGAGGGUGUGCGGACCAUGUGGUGACAGCCCUGUGUCCCCUCGUCACACCGAGGGCUGCUGCUGGUGCUGGGGCACACCUCUUGCUGUGGUUGUUUUUCAGCCACCCAGGGCAGGCACACCCUGCUUCCUGCACGGGCGGCCCAGCACUUCCUGCUGCUAUAAUUAGAAGGGCGGUAGGGAGCGGGGUGCAAACUCUCCCCAGCCUUUGGGGAUGCUCGUGGGGCUGUACCAGGCACCGUCCUCCUGCUGCGGCUGAGGGGCACUGGGGCAGCAUCCUCUGCCCAACGUGCAGCAGGCAGCAGUGGGGAGCUGCAGCCAUCCCUGCCAGCUUCCUGCCCGCACCAACGCACAGCCCUGUGGUUGACCUUCCCACACCGUGCCAGGCAGGAGAGCAAUUUUAUCUCUGCGAGUGUGGAAUAAGUGCAGUCUAAACAACUCACCCAAGGGCUGCAGCAGGGCCAAUGCCAUCCCAGGGCCCAGCCUGCGGCACGCAGCUCCCCGGGGUGCUGCUGCUCCAGAGAGGAGAAGGUUUAUUCCCAAAGGCUCCCUGAGCCCGGUGACCCCAGGCACGGGACAGACCCACGUCGCAUGGCCCUUCUGCCAACACCAGGGCUCUCUGGCCCAGCUGCACUCUGGACCCGCUGGGUGAAGCCACAACCCUGCCGUGCUGACGGGGCUGGGAUGCAGCUGAGGACACUGGGAGCCGGGCAGAUGCAGCCACACAGCGGAAUGGUCUUUGUGUCAUUUCAGGGGGGGAGGGUUCAUAUAAAAUCUGCUCGUGGGGCUGGGGCUGGUGACACCGCUGAAUGGAGCGUUGUGAAACUGCAUGAAUAAUGAAUAGCCGUCACAUGAAUGUUUCAGACGCAGCCCUGAGCUCUCCCAGCACUGCCUCGCAGGAAAAUGGAGGAGAAGUUGUCCAGAAAGGGAACAAUGUUCCCUUCAGGCAAAAUGCGCUGGUGUCACCGCGUUUGGAAACGAGCUGCUGCUGCUAAAUAACUCCCGGGAUUUGCAUGAAGAACCCGAACAGCGGUUUCGCUCCGGGGCAGCGCGGCCGGGAGGGCGGCCAGACGCCGGGCGCGCUGCACGCCAGCGAGGUGGUCGGCGAGAGCGGCCCGGAGCGGCGCUCGGCGGUGGAGCAGAGCCCACUGGAGGAGUUCCUGGCCACGGCGGAGCUCGCCGGCACUCGCUUCGUGGCCGAGCGCCUGAACAUCCAGUUUGUGUCUGCCCAGAGCCGCACUGGCCUGCUCACGGCCCAGGAAGCCCGACACGUCCAGCAGCUGCAUGAGGCGAACCGGCAAUUCCUGCGCAUCCCUCGGAGGCCGUAUUGGGAUAGGACAACCAGUUCUGAAGACUUGAAGCAAGCUGAGAGAGAGAGCUUUCUUGAAUGGAGGCGACAGCUUGCCCAUCUUGAAGAAGAAAAAAAGUUAAUUCUAACCCCAUUUGAACGAAACUUGGAAUUUUGGCGCCAGCUGUGGAGAGUCAUUGAAAGAAGUGAUAUUGUAGUCCAAAUUGUGGAUGCUAGAAACCCCCUUCUGUUUAGAUGCCAAGAUCUGGAAAGUUAUGUUAAGGAAGUCAGCAAAGACAAGGAGAACAUGAUUCUGAUAAACAAAGCAGAUUUGUUAAGUGAAGAGCAGCGGGCUGCGUGGGCUCAGUUCUUUGAGAAGGAGGGUGUCAAAGUGGUGUUCUGGUCGGCGUUAGCAGAAUGCAGACGGCUGUCUGGAGAAGUAAAGGAACUAGAUGCUGACAAUGUAGCAAAAGAUCUGAGUGAUUCUGAGGAGGAAAGUUCCAGUCAAGAGGAAGAUGUCACUGCAGAAGAUAGUGUAGAAAGCACAUCCACGGGCAGUGCUUUGCAAACUGAAACCCAGUGUUUGCUUAGUGAUGAUGACAGUAGUGAUGAAUAUGAAGACUGUGAAGAUGGUGAAGAGGAUGCCUGGCAAACGUGUUCUGAAGAUGAAGGUGGGGACAAAGUAGAUGUUAUUGCCCUGAAGAGUGUGGAAACCAGAACUGAUGUUGUUGCAGUGCAGCAUGUAGUGCAAGAGCAGAACAGGAACGUCAGGAACUUUAGCCAUCUGGUACAGAGAAAUGAACUACUGGAGAUAUUCAAAACCCUGCACAGUGGACCAAGAGUGAAGGAUGGGGAAGUAAAUGUUGGACUGGUGGGUUACCCUAACGUUGGCAAAAGCUCGACAAUCAACACAAUUCUUGGAGAUAAGAAGGUGUCGGUGUCUGCUACACCAGGCCGUACGAAACACUUCCAGACCCUAUAUGUGGAGCCUGGCCUGUGCCUCUGUGAUUGCCCUGGUCUGGUGAUGCCAUCUUUCAUCUCCACCAAAGCAGAGAUGAUUUGUUCCGGAAUUCUGCCUAUAGACCAGAUGAGGGACCAUGUUCCACCCAUUUCUUUAGUUUGCCAGCAUAUCCCACGAAACAUUUUGGAAGCAACCUAUGGAAUAAAUAUCAUAAGGCCAAGGGAAGAUGAGGAUCCAGAUCGAAAGCCAACAGCUGAAGAGCUGCUAACAGCAUAUGGAUAUAUGAGAGGUUUUAUGACAGCCCAUGGACAGCCAGACCAGCCGAGAUCAGCUCGAUAUGUGCUAAAAGACUAUGUCAGUGGGAAGCUGUUAUACUGCCAUCCACCUCCUGGCAUUGACCCAGAUGAUUUUCAGCACCAGCAUGAAAGGUGUCCAGAGAGCAGAACUGUCCAAGCUGGUGGACCAGUGAAGCCUGAAAAGAAUACCAAAGCAAAACAAAUAGAAAAUGUAGUGGACAAAACAUUUUUCCAUCAGGAGAAUGUUCGUGCUCUGAUGAAAGGCGUCCGGGCUACGAUGGGAUACCGGCCUGGCAGCGGCCUUGUGUCUGUGCCUGCACCCAAUGCUGGGAGCGUGGUAGGAAAGCCCUGGAAAAAACACGGCAACAGGAACAAGAAGGAGAAAGUUCGCAGGAUCACUAAGCAUCUGGAGAAUUAGCCAUGGCCCUGCUAGCCUACCUUCCCUGAGCAGGCUCUGCACCGUCCUGCCAGUGUGGACUAAGGGAAGAAUUGUAAGUGGGCAUCGCUAGCUCACCUUGGGAGCUCCGUGCUGUGGGUUGGCCUGGCAGGGCUUAAGAAUGGGCUCUGAUACUUGGAGCUCAUGUUUUCUGAGAGGAAAAAAAGAGGGCCUGGCCAUUUGUGUUACCUGGAAGCCAGCCCAGACAUUUGGGCACUGCUGAGAUGUCCUUUCAAUGGAAGCAGAUGGAGCUGUGCAGGAGUGUUUUUUCCUUCCAUAAAGGAUGUGUUUUGUAGCUGUUGGGAUCAAAGCAAGCCCUGUAAAACUGACUAAAAUCUUUAUAAACAGUUGAGUCUUAACGAGUGAUGUUUGUUACCUUGUGAGAUGCUAUUGCUCAUCUCCUGGUUUGUUUGUUUUUUGUUUGUUGAUUUGACAUGACACUUUAGUGUGUUGAAAAAUUAUUUUAAAGAUUUUUAUUGCCUUCUUCCUCUUCUACUCUGCCAGCCCAAUUUCAUGAAAUCCUGCUCUGAAACCACUCCCUGUUUCCCAGCCUACGGCAGAGCAUGGAACACCAUGUAAGGAAAACAUUGCCUUUAUGUCCUUCACACUGAGCUGGUAUCAGUUGUUUUUGUGAUUUCCCCGUGGUAUUUUAAAACACUCAUUUCCAUGUGGCUGGCAAAAAAUCUGCUGGUGCUCAUUUGUCCUAAAACACGGUUAGGAUUUUACUUUGUAUAUUGUUGUGUAAUUGUCUUGCUGCCUCUUGUUACACAUUAUCUGAUUUCAGAAGUAUCAUAACAGCAGAUUUCAGUAUGUGCGUUAGUAUUUGACGCUAAAAAGGUUCUGCUUUCUUGGUGUUGGACUUAAGCAAGAUGUACUCCUUGUUUGCCCUGCUGAGAAAAUGUUUGUGUACGUGGUCAGUAUUCUUAUUCCUCCUACAGCACGGAAUAAUGAUAGGACUGGAAAGGCUCACAGAGUCAAUUUGGGCUUUGCUUUUAGGUGAUGCAGCACACUAACAGAUGUGGACACUGGUCACUGAUACUAAAAAAGGGAAUGCUGUCUUGUAAUUUUUUCCUUUGCCUUAAGCAUGGAUGGACAUACAAAAGCAGUUGCUGAGUAGAGCCACAGCAGGUGUGAGUCAUGCAAGCAAACUGCUUUUGCCUUUUUGAUCCUUUGUGCACCGGUCCUCUAUGUCAUAUCACUGCACUGUGUAUGCAAAGGGUCCUCUGACAGCAGAGCUCUCACCUUGGCUCCUGUUUUCCCUCAAGUCUCUCCAUUCAAGUUCUUAAUUACAUAAUUGGAGGAGAAGGUACUUCCCUGCCAGCCAUAAUUACACUGUACAAAUACGAUUGAUGGUAUUUUAAGUCAAUGUCCCAUAAAGGACAUUGGAUUCUCAGAAGACACUAUUAUUUCUGGAUGUCCUGUAGAAUAUUUUUGCCUUUCACUCCUGAAGAGAAUGUGCCUUAGCUAAAUUGGUCUCCUACCAGACUUUAGCAUCCUUAUAGGAGUGGAUUGUGCUUUUGUCCCCAGUGCUAUUCCAGGGACCUAAUUGCCCAGACAUGUCCCUUUCUUUUUACCUUAUCUUAAGCUAUCACUUGUCAAAUUAUCCAUCAGACUAA